ACUGUGCACAGCCAGGACCCUGCGCCCCAUCAGGAGAAUGAGGACGAGUGUGCGGUGUGCGGUGAUGGUGGUGAGCUCAUCUGCUGUGAUGGCUGCCCCAGGGCCUUCCACCUCGCCUGCCUGGUGCCCCCACUGCCCCGCGUCCCCAGCGGGACGUGGCAACCCGAGAUCCUGGGGGAGGAGGCAUGCGGCGCCCGGCGGGGCGGAGGUGAUGGGACCGUCUGUGGCCUUUGCUUCACCCGGAUCCCAGCGCCCCAACACUGCCCCAUGCCCAGUGGGGACCAUGGCCCUGACCCACAGGGGAGUGGGCAGAGGGCAGCCGGGAAAGCUGGCAGGACGCAUCUCCUCCCGCAGGCAGAGGACGGCUCCCGUAGCGGUGACCCUGUGCUGAGCAGGGACGAGCUGGACGCCCUCCUGGGUGAG